AUGAAGUUUAUCGACAAAUACGUAAAAGAUCAUAAUCCAUUGGGGUAUGGCACCGGUGGAAAAAUUUUCCGAUGUGUAAAUAAAGAAUCUAAUGAGACCUCUGUAGUCAAGGUGUAUGACAAGACCCGAUUGAACGAACGACGCAUAGACUUGAGUCUAGAGGAGGCACGCAUUGGCUUGAGCCUUCCUGUGCAUCCUAAUUUAGUGCAUGUGCUUGAUGUGUUUGAUGAAACAGAUGCAGUUAUGAUUGUGAUGGAGUAUAUUCCAGGUGGGACGCUAUAUCAACAUCAGAUUGAGAUUGGCUCUAUCCGAGAGGUGUGCGCAGCUCGGAUGUUGCAGCAUAUACUGCAGGGCUUGGCAGUCCUGCAUGGUGUGGGUGUUAUGCAUCGUGAUAUUAAGCUUGAAAACAUAUUUUUACGAUCAAAUGGAAGGUCACAAAAAUUAUCGGAUGAGAUAUCUGCCAUUGGAGAUUAUGGAUUAGCCACACGUACGAUACCAAAUAGUCAAUGUGUGGGUUCACCUCAGUACUGCGCCCCUGAGAUCGCCCUCAUUGGUCUACAGGAACAUCGUGUCACAUACAAUCAGCCACUAUACAACGAGAAAUGUGACAUCUGGUCAGUGGGGGUUGUAGCAUUUGUGAUGCUUACGGGACUGUUGCCAUUCGAUGGUCCCACACCGACGAAAGUGUUUGCUGAAGUAAUAAAGAAUAUGAUACCUUUCCAGCAUCCUUCUUGUAGGAACAUGAGUCUGCAAGCCAAACAUUUCAUUCUGAGGCUUACAAAUUCAAACCCAUCUAAACGUCCAUCUGCUAAGGAAGCGCUUCGGGACACAUGGCUUAUUUCAUGUUGCUAAAGGAAGUACGAAUUAGUGAUGAAAGUUUCUGGAAACUUCCUAAAGAGUGCGAUUUUACCUUACCAAAGAGGAUUUUAUUUAUGAUAAUAUUGACGAAGAUAUAUUUAUGC